CGUGGGUUUAUAUAUCUCCCUUUCUUCUCAUAGAUACUUUAUUUCGCUUAUUGUUUAACGUUUAAAAACAGUUUUAUCGACUCCAUUCCUUAUUAACAUCUACGAACUGAUCACAUAAGUGUAUUUAAGUAUUUUAGAAAUGAAUCAAGAACGGUUGAGUAAACUUACGUCGCAGGUGCGAAUAGGAGGAAAGGGUUCAGCACGCAGAAAGAAGAAGGUGGUACACAGAACGGCGACGACCGAUGACAAGAAGUUGCAGAGUUCAUUGAAGAAAUUGGCAGUAAACAAUAUACCUGGUAUAGAAGAGGUAAACAUGAUCAAAGACGAUGGCACCGUUAUCCACUUUAACAACCCGAAGGUUCAGGCAUCACUCGCUGCCAACACCUUUGCAAUCACUGGUCACGCGGAAAGCAAACAGAUCACAGAGAUGCUUCCAGGCAUACUGAACCAGCUUGGGGCAGAGAGCCUCACCAGUCUAAAGCGACUAAGUGCAAAUGUACAGUCCAGUGCAGGUGCGGGCGCGCAGGCCCCGGUGGCAACAGAUGGUAUCGAUGAUGACGACGAUGAUGUACCCGAUUUGGUUGAGAACUUUGAUGAACCAUCAAAAACUGAAGGCGUUUAGUUAGAAAGUGACAUUAACACAUGGCUUGUGAGUGUCCCAGAGUGGACCAGAAGCGUGAGGAUCAUUUUUUGUAUAAAACCAUCGUUCUGCUUGUAGUUAAAAGCGCUUUCAAAACUAUCUACCUUCUCAGAAAUAUUUUGAUGCAUGCAGAGUUUGCGAGCGAGAAGACAAACAAGUUUUCCUACCCCUGUGAAUUUGUUAACCAGGUUUCUGCUUAAGUUGAGCACGCGUGACGAAAGACGUAAUAUAAUGCAACUAGAAUUGUUAUGACAAUGUUAUUAUUGGUGCUGAGCUACUUGCAACUAUGUUCACAAGUUCACAGGGGUGUUGAAACAAACCCAAAAACAUGCGACAGAAGUGCGAGCGCACGUUGCUGCAUUCUUAUCGACAGUAGUAACGCUGGGUAGAAAUGUUUAGAACAUGGUUGUCAAGAGUACUCACUGAGGGUGCCUUUGUGCUAGCGUGAAAAUGAGCUGAGCCAAAUAAGUUUAUUGCUCUCCAGUGGGCAGCAUUUAAUGAAAUAUUUUGAAAGUAACAAAACAGAGUAAGCUUGGGUUUACACGUGUGUGUGUAAUAAAAUACGUACGUUUCAAAUUUCAUUUUCCUGUCUAUUUUAUUAUUGUUUGAGAAAUUGUUGAUUCUCGUAAGCAGACGGAUAGUUUUUUUUCAAAUAAUCGAAUUCAAAGUAUUUGCUUUGUAAUUUAAUACUGUUUUGCAUACUGUUAUACCAUAUAAUCUUGAUUCUUAAUUAGCUAUAAUCCAGUCAGUAGAUUUUUCUGGUUUUUCCACGUGUAAAGAUGAAACGGCUGUGUAGUUUAUGCAUAAAUUUGUCGCAUUCUUGUAGAAGUGAGAUCAUUUGGAACAAUGUUCACGUUGGGCAUUUUUUGAAUGGUGUAUCACUUUGCUAAUACACGUGUAACUGCAUCGCACUAAAUGAUAAUUCCAUUGAAAUUUAUGCAGCAAUUAUGCAAAUGACAAUGAUUGUGCAGUCAAUGCGUUAUUUGCUGUUUUGUUUAGUAUGCAAGUAUCAGUACACUGUUUUACUGCUAUGACAUUCAAAGCAACAAGUUAUUUUUAGCUUGUGCUUUAUUUUCCCUUAAUUACAGCUUGUGACACGCAGAAAUAAUUUGAGCAGACCUUAAAAUAUAUAAUAAUAAUAAAAUGUUCUGUUGCACAACUAUAAA